AGCAUCACUCGUCUCCAAUACGCGAUAUUCUGAUCAAAAAAACUUGUUUAUCAGUUGAAAUAUGUGUGAUUAAUUGUACAAAGUUUAGGAUUUUUGUUUUUUGAGUGUAGCUCACUGUAUUGUGUGAUAAACUAGAGUGAUACAAAGUGUAAAAUUGUCAUACAAACAAGUUUGUUUACUUCGGAAGCUGUGUUUGAUCGCGAACAAGAGCUGAGAUGAGAGUGACAGUUGUGUGAACGACCUUGCAACAAUUAACAUGCAAUCGGAAACGGAAAAUAGUGGAGCAGCUUCCGCCGGACGAGACGGCAACCCGGAAUCCGGCUUCAGUCGUAAGCGCACGUUCCGAUUGUCGUUCAUGAGUCGCAAAGUAACGCCAGGUGGUCGAAAACAGCAGCAGCAAUUAUCAUCAACUGAAGACGAGCAUCGACCGUUGGAAGACAGGAAACCAACACCUGCUACCACCUCCACCUCAACUAAACCCGAGCAACCGUCAACGUAUCCAGUAGUCCGUGAACCUGUUGUGCAUUCGGACGACCAGUCUACGCGCGGAAAAUCAUGCGGGCGAUGUGAAAAGUCUCUCGGGAAUCCUAGUGAAACAUGUAUUGUGAGAAACUGUGAAAACCCUGGUGAACAUCCUAGGCUAGUUCCUUCGACAUCUUCAUCGUCGGUUAAAAGCUACGACCGCGAAGUGAACAUCAAGCAAUGGGUGGAAGUGGAGAAGAAGGGGCAAAGUGAAGGGGCGGCCAUCUACAAGUCUGUUGUGAAGGAAAUCACUAUCAAAACUAAGGAAACUGUGCGAGUGGAUAGCAGUCAGGUAGAUAGUGGACGGAGUGAGUAUCGGGAAUAUUUUGAUAGUGGACAAACUAAUAACACUCAUUGUGAACCUUCCAGCAGUGGAUAUAGUAACAAAGGUGAUAAUAAUUAUCGAGUUUUGACUAAAUUCGAAAAGGUAUUGGGUGAAAGGAUUGUGUUGCAUGAUAAUAGAAGUGUUGGAUCAAGUUGUUCGGACAAAAAUUGUAAUAUUAACGACAAGAAAACGAUAGAUGCAGUUGGUUUGGAAAACCCCGGAUAUAAUUCUGUUCCAGAUAGUAGUAGUGGUAUAAAAACAGAGCAUGUGAGUGAUUUCGAGGUUCGCAGAGUUACGAAACCGACAAGCGAUUACUUUGAGGUUCGAGAACCGUACAAGGGUUUGGAGAAUGCUGGAUUUGUCGAAUAUAGUACAAAUCCGUUCCUAGAGCCUGGGAUUGUUGAUGGAGUGAUACAAGAAGAAGGUGAGGGAGAGGUUGAUAAUGGACAGGGUAAGAGUCAUAUCGAAAAGUAUCCUUGUGGGAUUGAGAAUGCAGCGUUCGAGACUGUAAAUAGUACAAAUCCGUUCUUGCCUUGUUAUUUGCCUCAGGAGAUUGAAGGCCCCAACAGUGAAAUUUGUGAGUAUGAGAGUGGUGACGACCAGGAGGAAUCGAUUGAGUCUUAUGAUGGAGAUAUCUGUCCUGAGCUUUAUGGGACAGAUAAUCUAGGUUUUGACAACCGUUGCCAGAUUGCAAGCUCGGUAGAGUCUUUACCGUCAUUGCUAGCGGUUGACGAAGCUUACCUUCAAAGGAUACGAGAUGGUUCCCCAGUUGAUAUCACAUCCAACAUUGAGGACAAUGCUAAUCUACCACCCUCUAUAUUGAUUCCACGUGGUUGUACGCAGAAACGAAAGAGGAAAUCGGUUCAUUUCUCGAAAACUGUGGAUAUCAGUGACGGCGAAACUGUCCGCACAAAGAAGAUGAAAAAGUUGGCGGAUUUGAAUGGACGUUUCAAGAACGAUAUCAAGAAACGAAGAACGAUCGUUGGGUCCGGUACGGAGAACUUCGGGUUUUGUGAAAAUCCACCCAGGCCAGCGAAUUCCCGAAUACCAACUGCUUUACCAGUCGUCAGUUUGUACUCUACACCUCCAAAACGUCACGCUAAACGAUCAAAGACUAGUAAUUUGGAGGAUAACAAUGAACUACUCAAGAACCAGAGGUUAGUAGGUGUUCCUGAAGCUGUCAAGGAGAAUUUCCCAGUGUUUCCCGAGAUUCGACCCAACCGACUCUCAAAAAUCGUGAAAAGACUUGGCCCCGAAGUGCUGACAGCUACCGCUACAGGGAGUUCCACCACAGACUCGGUUCUCGCCCAGGUGAUGAAACACCAAUACCAGGACACGGCUGACGACAGAAACGCGAAAAGGACUGGAGAGAAUUGCGGUGCGACUUUUGGCAGCACUGGUGAUUUGGCGAAUUGCGAUGACCUCAGUGAGCAGAGUCGAAGACGACGGAAGAGGAAAUCGCCGCACGAUAUUUUCGACGGAGCCUCAACGGGGCCAAAUCCGAAUAAGGAAUCUGCGCCUCCCCCCACCCGUGGAAAGAAGUUACCACGCAUGGACAUUCAUCUUCAUGCAUUAUUCGCUGCAGUGGAACAUGGGCAUGUUGAAAAAGCCAGAACAAUCCUAGAAUCCACUGAUGUGGAUGUCAAUAGUGUGAACAGCGAUGGUCUAUCUCCGUUGGAUGUGGCGGUUCUAAGCAACAACCGACAACUUGCAAAAAUGCUCGUAGCUUUUGGUGCCAGGGAAGGGAAUCAAUUUGGAAGUGGUGAUAAAUUGUUGGCGCAUUUGCACCAAUUAGCGAGGGAGGCAGAGCAUCAUGUGCAGGAGCUGGGCGGGUCAGGGGGGGAUGGUGAUAAAUUGUUGGCGCAUUUGCACCAAUUAGCGAGGGAGGCAGAGCAUCAUGUGCAGGAGCUGGGCGGGUCAGGGGGGGAGUCGGACAACAGGGCCUACACGCAGACUGGCUCCGACAAGACGCUGGCGCUCUGGGAGAGGCGGUCACGUGGACUCAACAAGAUGAUAUUGGGAUUCGACCAAGCCAGACCCCCAGAUAUUCCGUUCUUAGUUGUGGCAGACGUAACUGGAAAAGACUCAGUCACUGUAAGAUACCAGGAGCCAGAGCACCAUGAUUCACCCAUAUGCACAAAAUACAGGGUGGAAUGGAGCUGUUGUCCAGAUUUCAGUGCACUGGCUGGAUUCAAAGAGGUGCUGGAGCCGAAACAGCUGGAGUGUCAUGUGGACGGCCUUGAAAGGGGGCGACGUUACUACUUCAGGGUCGCCUGUGGCAAUAUUCGCGGAUUCGGCAAUUUCAGGAUGUCCUAUCCACAAUCGAUUAUUCCUUCCAGUUGGAGAGACGUUGUGCAGAAGGAAGAGCGCCUGCCGAGCAGCGGUCUCGCUCUGUUCGACCGACUGUUCCAGGAGGUGCGAAGUGCACGGCCCGAUCUGAAGGGGGUGGGCAGUCCAGCCGCCCCCGGCGAGACGCCCCUUGGACAGCGCCGCAAGAAGACCACCAUCAAACAGCUCUUCACUGCCGCCUCCAAGUUCCAGAAGCAUCUCAGGAGAGGUGUGUACUUCUCCUGCUUGCUCUACAAUGAGGACAGGGUGUUAGUAACUAACGAAGAUUUCCUACCAGUCAUUGAAGUGGAUGAAACAUAUCCGGGAUCGAUAUACCACGACUUCCAUUGGCUACUUAAGGUGGCGUGCACAUGGGAGGAUGUGAAAUGGUUGAAACAAGACAUGGAGAAGUCGCUCAGUUCCUCGGCCGUCCAUUUUCGAAUUAAACUCCUACAAGCUGCUGCACAAAUGCAGACUGCUCUUAGUAUACAAGACCUUGGCCAGCUGUAUCACAAGCCACUGCGGGACUCUGAGGGAACAAUAGUCGUGUGCACAGUAAACUACGUCAAGUCACCCAAAUCCGUUUCCGUUCUCAACUCGCGAUGGCUUCCGUUGGGCAAACUCACCAAACGAGCCGUUCAGCCAACCUCCGAAACGUCAAUAGGCGAUAUAUUGAUGGCUUCUAUACAGGAACAAAUAACAUACCAUCAAGUGAGCAGUAUACGUUUGCCUCGCGGACUGUACCUGGGCUACUUGAAGAUGAGGAGCAGUGUAGACCUUUUGCAAGUGCUUGUACCUACCAAAUCACCCAAUGUGCCUCCUCAUUGCAAGAUUCGCGACAACUCUCAUGUCACUGCUGAGGAGUGGGAGUGGCUGCGGAUAGGUUGUGGGGGUGCCUCGGGGAGCGGGGGGGACUGCAGCGAGCAACAGAGGGACUUUGUGGAGCAGGUGGCGGCCACAGCACGACGCCUCUUCACCUACAUGGAGGUGCCUGCCGAAGAGGCUCCUUCACACAGACUGUACGACGGUGAGGUGGUGGAGCUAAGCAGCGAUGUGUCGUUCCUGAUGGUGGUGCCGCCCCCCGAGUCAGCCUGCGCCGCUCCCGGCCAGAGGGAGUUGCUACUGCAGCGACCUGACCUGCUGCCCCUUCCGGUGCAGGUGUUCGAGAUGGUGCACCUGGGCACCUAUCAGCGCCAGCUGGUGUCGCGCUACAGUCGUCUCUCCUGCAUACUCGAGCUGGACACUGCGCUUGCUCAGCACAGUCAUCGAGAGGCGUUUUCGAGCUCAGAAGUAAGCGUGGCACGCGAGCGCCUAGCGCGCUUAGAGGGGCUGCAGGCGCAACUGAACGCCGCCUGGAAGUCGGCAAGAUGGCUGCUCGACGUGUUGGCUUUCGCACGCGACCGCCUCACGCAUUCGCCCACCACCAUUCGACAUCUGCUCCACAAAAGGUCCAGGGACCACUUGGAGGCAUCGCACAACGGCCUGCUGCAGCCACCCGACCCGAAAGCGGUGAAAUCACGUGGCAGCUGGCCUGGGCCGGGCGUAGCGCGCCUGCUCGGCUCCUGUCCGGCCGAAAUGAGUCGCAGCGACCAGCACUUGAGUGGCACUCCCCCUCCUCCUCCUCCACAUCCUCCUCACCCUCACUCACCCACUCCCCCCACCCACUCGCCUCCUCCACCCCCUCUGCCACCACCCAGGCCAACCCCCACUAGGCCUCCGCCGCCCGCCAAUGAUCACAUAGAGACCAUAAGACUGCCCCCUUCUCGAAGUGAAGACACCCUGCAUAUGCACACACGGAUCACGCCAAGAACCAGAGCCACCGUCUCCGCUACCACAUCCCCUCUCCUGCCUUCCAGGCCAACUGGGUAUGGAAGUGGCAAUAGCCUGCAGUCUUCAUCUGAAGAGUCGGCUUUAGCCAAUCAGACAAGCAAAAGUGAAGGAGAAGCUGAGGAGGAUGGAGCCACCGUCCCCGCUCCCGCCCCAGGCAUACUGCAGGUGUACGCAGCAUACGAGACGGGCCUAGCAGCCGGUACCAGUCUGAAGCUGCACGUCAGCCCAAGAACAUCGGCCAGAGAGGUCGUUGACCUCGUGGUCAAGCAACUCAACAUGGCGGUCGUGCUGAAGGGCAAAGACGGACCAAUUUACGCCGCCGAUCAGCUGUCCAACUUCUGUCUAGUUGCCGUGAUCGGCGCCAGGGAGCGCUGUCUUCGCGACGACUUCAAACCGCUGCAGCUGCAGAACCCCUGGAAAAAGGGACGCCUCUACGUGCGGCAAAAACAUGACGUGUUGGCUGCCCUGGAGCAUAGCUCUAGGCAUUCGGCGUUUCUCUAGCUACCAACUGUUAUUAAUUAUUAUUUAUUCAAUUAUUGUACAGCCUAUAUCUAUUCAGUUUACUUGUGAAAAAUGUGUUGAUGGAGAACUUAGCUACAGUGAGGUCCUAGUUAUAAUUCAAAAUUCAAAAUCUGCAAAUAAUUUAUUAUUCCUGGACCAAAAAUCAAGUGAAGAAUAGCAAUGUGUGUUAUCAUAACCUCAACCCUUAGUCAACAUCAACUUUUUAUCAAAAUUUUUGGAGAGAAAUAGUACAGGCUCAGCCUAGUUUUCCCUUCAAUGUCAUAAUUAUAUUAUGAUUGUAGUAUUUCGUACAAUAAAUAAAUGAAUAAUGGCAGUGUUUACAUUGGUGUUGCUAUCUCGAAAGAGCUAUACAGUCCUUGUCCUAUAGCUUUGCCUAUCAGCGGCGGGCCACUAGACUACAAUACUACCCGUUCAAAAACAUCAAACAUUUUUUAUAAUGCAUCUUUCCAUAUUGAAAAAUUGUUAUAUAUAAUUUAAAUUCCUAUAUCUCCGUUAGUUAUAUAUUUCAAUUUAUCCUAACUUUGAAUGAUCGAAUUUGAUUAUCGAUCAAUAUCGAACUCAUUACUUCGACACGCUGUAUUAGUUUCAGGAGUUCUAUUUUGAUAAUUUUUACUACCUUUUUGAUAGUUAGUUUAAAUCAUGGAGCAACGUAUUUUGACUGAUUGAUUGGUUGAUAAGAGUAGGUGACACGAUCUGGUAUUUAUUUAUCUCUGCGUUAUGAUUGAAUGACUUGUAAUAUUAUUUUAUAAGUUCAACACAUUUUUUACAAGUUAUAAAUCAAAUUAAUUAUAUAAGUAUGAAUGUAGCACAACUCUCGUUGUUUGGGUCACAACCAACACACAUUGUGCUAUAGUAAGUUAUUUUUGGUGAUCUCAUUGGCAAUCAUAAUCCUAUCUUCUUGUUUACUAUGUAGGUAAUUUAUUUUGCUACACAAUAUGUGAUUGAUCUCCAAUUUUCAUGUUAUUUUUAGUUAACGAAUAAGGUACUGUUUUCCAAUAUUAGCCUAAUAAAAUCUUAAAAGAAGGGUGCUUCAAAUAAUUUUUCAAUUAGAAAGUUUUUGCUUCCGUAAUUUCUUUACGUUCUUCCAUGCUUUUUACGAGGCGUACGAGUACAUAAUUAAGUGAACAGUAAACCUGUUUCUAAUUGUGAAAACUAGAAUGAAUAGCAUUGGAUAUUUUCCAUAAUUCAUUUAUAUAUCUUAUAAAAAUGCAACUAUGUAGUUGUGUCACUCUAGAUAUGGUAUUUUCCAAUUUGAAUCAAGUCAGAAUCGAAUUUAAAAUGGCUAUUUCUCAACUACAGUAUAAAUAACCAUUACUAUCUUAUUGCGCUAUUUCCAUCAGACUACCCAAUUUAUCGUGAAAAGAUGGUAAUUUGAAAUUGUGAAGAAAACAAUUAAAGAUUUAACAAAGCUAGCAACUCAAAACUUGUAAAUCAUUGCAGUUUGGAGAAUGAAUCUCUAAUAGAAUAUAAUCGUUUUCAAGCUAAAUCAUUAACGUAAAAAGUUUUGGGAGUUGCCACGAAACAAAUAAUUGUAACAUCAUCGAAUUGUACAGAUUUUAAACUAGGUUCUAUCUAUUGUUAGAAGAUGUUGUUUAUAGAGAUGUGUUUCCUUCCCAGCAAUGUGAAUUAAGUCAUGUGAUAGUCAUAUAAAAAUGAAAAUGUAAAUUAAAUAUGAUCGAACUAUGAUGGGGAAUAUAUGAAGAAAAUAUUUUAUAUAGAGUUUAUUAUAUUUAGAGUAAUCUCAAGACUAAUGAGUCCUACCAACACCAACUGAUAAGAAUAGGUAUAAAAUAAAGUAUCUUGUAAUUUCAAAUAUCCUAGAUUUAUGUGGAAUGUUGUGCUAUAUAUGUCUGUUGAAAGAUUUUACACGAUUUUAUGAUGUGGACAUACGGCAAUACACUGUGAUGUUCAUCGCAGUAUUUAUCUAUUACGUAUUUGAAUAUAAUCAAUAAUUUCAACAUUGAGUACAGUAUUGUCAUAUCAACUGAUACAGGCUAUACUCAAUAUCUGAAUGACCAAUUUUUUUAAGUUUUAAAAAAUUCAAAUAAAGAAAGUGAUCUAUGCAUUUCUCAAUUUUUCUUUUUAUAUAGGCCUACUGUUAUUUGAAUAUAACGAGUUUGAGUGGUGAAAAGUUCAUCAGUUUUAUGUAUGAUAAUGGACUUAUUUCAUGAUUGAUAAGAUAUUGCAGGAUCAUCAAAUCAAAAUGGGCUCAUACUUGUAAUAUUAUGGAGACUGAGUUGAAGACUUGAAAAUGUCUGAAAUCUAGACUCUUACAUUAAAGAAGUAAGGGAAUUGAAAUUGAAAGUUGAUUGAGCCAAUCGUCCUAUUUUCAUGAAACGAGGUACUUACUGCAUUGUUUCUCACUUUUUCUAAAUAGUAUUGUUGCUCCACGCGCAAACAUUUCUCAAAAUGCAAACAAAAUUGUUGUAAUAGCUUUCAACUGUCAUUUUGGUGUUGAGGCGUUGCAUUUCUAGAAGCACGGCAGGCCGGUAUUUUUCAUCCUAAAUGUGAUAGACUUGAUAUUCUUAAGAUGUUGUAAACGAGCAUCAAUUAUUGUAUCCGUGUAAGAGAAUUAGUUACAGAUAAAUAUUAGUUGUAAAUUAUAAUGAACUAUUGUAUGUGAUAUAUUUAGAUCAAUACAGUUAGAAAAGUAAGAAAGAUUAAUCAAUUAUUGUCGAAAAAAGUGUUGAUAUUGAAUGUGUAUAGAUCAAAAGGAAAGACAUGUAUCGAAAACUGUGAAAAUAAAUGGUUUAUGCUUA